CCCCCAGAACUAUUGAGGGACACAGAGUACGCCCUGGUUGUUUUCACCGCUGGAGCUCCACCGACCGCUGGUGCGGCUGUCGCUGGUGGUCCUGAAGGGGCCAGGACCGCAGGUCUGUCCUCCACCGACCUGGCCCUCCCUGGGGACCUCACAGGCAGGGCAGGCGACACGGACACGUCCAACCAGUACAAGAUGCAGCUUGGGAGGCUCACGACCAAGUCACCCCCUCCAGUGCCGCUGGAGCAGCGCGUGCGCAGCGUCAACGUGAGCGGCGUUGUUUGGCCCACAAGUUGCAGCACGAACUUGCUCGACCAAUGGGAGUUGGAAGUGGAGAGGCAGCGGACGUUCAUCACAUCGAUUUCAGAGCAGCUCAGCACUCAGGAGCAGACAUACCAGGAGCUCGUGGCAAGCUGGCUUCAGUGAUCCGUCCAGGGAACACUUCGCCCUCCACCAAGGAGGCACCCGAUAUCAACAUUGAGCACGUGGUCUCCGGUAAGAUCUACGCGCUCCAGAUCGACCUCGGCACGAGCCUGUCGUUUGGAGAUGAUGGCGACGACGACGAGUUCGACAUUUCUCCUCAAGACCAGCAAGCGUUCGAGCUGCGUCAGCGAGCCCUGGUGGACGGCACCACCGCCAUGUCCAAGGAUUUUUUCGUUGAGGCAUUCGAGCACGCGAAGCAGGUUCGUGGCCAGCAUGCUCAGCAUCGGGCCCGCCUUUCCAAGAAGAAACGCAAUGCCAGGGCGGGGGCGCGGUCGCUGCAGAUGGUGCUCCUGAGGCAGGCUCUGGGGAUGGAGUUGGCAAGGCUCCUGGCGCAGCCGCUGCCGGCAGCGAUGCCAGCGCCGCGGCGUCCUCAGCGGCUGCGGCAUGUUCUUCCUCCUGUCCUGACCCUUCCUCCGAGGCGGGGACAUCGCGCUGGAGAGCGACCCGCGUCAUCAUCAUCCACGUCAUCUUCUACUUAUUCCUCGUCUUCCCCCUCUUCUUCAAGCGAGAGUCUAUUUCUGGAGCCAUGAGCAGAUUUCAUCCAACGGACAACAAAGGAUGCGGAGCACCGUGCGUCAAAAUUGGGACUUCGUGAUUGGAUCGAGGAGCGCCGCAAAUCUGCCCGCAAAUGGUUGCGGCGAAUGUAUUCGGAGGAACGUGCUUGGGCGAAACCAAUAUUUCAAUGGGAGCCAGUCGGCUGCACGCGAGGCCCAGAGUGGCCGCGGAAACGCUGGUACGACGCCACAGUCAACUUCAAGGACUAAGGCGCUGAGGCGCCCCCGCCGCGCCCCUCGUGGGCCGUCCCCCCUGUGGGGCGACUGUCGGUGCUCUGCUCUCUAUCCUCAUCUUCAUUAUGCUGUAUCGUUCGUUGCGGGGCUUGCCUGGCGAACUGCGGUUUCACACCCC